ACAUGAAUCUUCCUCUGAUGAGAACUCUGGAGAAGAAGAACUGGAAGCCAAAGCUGAAGAGGAGAACUAUGCUGAGAUCUCAGUAGCCAAUGAUCGCACAGCUGGAGGAGGCAACCAAGAUGGUCCUGCUCCAUGA